AUGUUGUCACUGCUUGAAGGGAGGCUGACAACCAAAGUUUCUGGAAUAAUUCAAGCUUCUGAGUCCCGAUUAAUGGCAAAGAUUGAUCUUUGUGAUAAAAACAAUGAGUCAUGGGUAAAGUCACAGAAGUCUGAUUUUAAAUCAAACUUACAAGAUUUGAAGAUGGUGGCAAAAGAAAUACAUGUGCUCUUCGUUCAAGAUGUUAAGAAGGUCCGAGAAGAGGUAAAUUUCAAAAUUCAGGAAUUAUGUGAAGAUAUGGAGAAGGAAAUUUCGGUUGUUCGUACUGAAUUCGAAUCCAUCAACAAGAAGGUGGAUAUUAUCUGCGAAGCUGUUGCAAAGUUUUCCAAGCUCUAUGAAAGCCUGAGUCCUCAGAUUACUCAGCUUUCAACAACUGACAAUAAAAAUUUCAUGGAAGUAUUCAAACUUCUGAAAGAGCUCAAAAGUCUAUCAUCCAAGCCUGCUUUGUCCAUACUAUCUUCGGAAGAUUUGAUCCAGAAAUUUUCCAAGUUCGAAGAAUUACUUGUCCAAAAACUGGCUCCUUUAUCCCGCAUCUCCAGUCUGUCACACCCCCAAACCAAGGAUGGCGGAAACGUCUGGGGGUGGAGGACUUCAUGUACAGUAUCACAACAACGUGUAUAA